GAGGGGCAUAGAAUUAGCGUUUGUGGCACAGAGUGUCUGGCGAAGCAUAGCAUCGACAUGGAAGAUUGGCCCUGGAAUGGGCAGGUAAUGCAUUGCAUCACAGAGACCAGUACCCGUACCGUUGUUCAGCUGGGUACAUCCAGGUCUCUUUGCUAUUGAUCCAGGCUGCCAGACUGUGGAGGUGUAAUGCAUGCCAGAACCACGAUAGCUGAUCCCACCAAACAGGGGGUUAAGUCAGCGCUAAACCUCGCUCAAGAUCCAGCCCCGAUGCGAUCCAGCCCCUAUGCAAUCCAGCCCCGAUGCGAUCCAGCCCCGAUGCGAUCCAGCCCCGAUGCGAUCCAGCCCCGACGCGAUCCAGCCUCGUGCACAAUCAAUCCAACCCCGUGCACAAUCAAUCCAACCACGUGCACAUUCAAUUCAGCCCUAAUGCACAUUCAUUUAGCCCCAGUACAUAAUCGAUCCAGCCCCAGGGCAAUCCGCCUAACAUAUUCCACCCUUGCGAGAACGGAAGGAAAAGAGCUGUCUCGCGAUCGGGCAACGAAGCGGGGCAUCGCCUUCGACUCGCUCUUUGAAAUCUUCGCAUAGCAUCGAACAGUGUUUUGUACUCUCUGUUCUUGAACCACUACAACAACACCAGGCAUGCAGGCGAUUCCAUCUCCAAGGAAUAUCACCUAUCCCCCCGCGAGACAUCGGUACUACAAAUCGUUGCUCGAUGGCUAUCUUUGACUACGACGACCUCCCCCCCGAUCUUGACUGGGAAGGCGCAAAAUCGGGUCCUCGAUAUGU